GAAGUGUUGAACAGCAGAGGGAGGAGGGGACGCCUCACAGAAGACAGUUUCAUUUUCACCAGUGUUUCACUGAGAAACUACAACAGUGAUUGAACUCAACUUACAGCUGGUCAUGGAUUUUGUAGAUCCCAUCCUCUCUCUGGCCUCAGAGAUCUACCAGCUGGUGGAGAAUGUGAAGGCCAACAAGAAGCGCUGCCGCCGUGUCUCUCAGCGAGUCAAAGCCCUGGAGGAGCUGGUGUGGUCCAUCAAACAGAGGGAAACCAGAAAGAUCUCCUCAGACGUAGAGAAAGCUCUCCAGGAGCUCUGCAUCACUCUGGCAUCCGCUCAGGAGCUCAUCAGGAAAUACACCGCGGCCACCUGGAUGGAACGCAUCAUCAACUCAGGCAGCCACGGAGACGAGUUCAACAGCGUGAACGAGCGGCUCAAUGACGCCUUCCAGAUCCUGUCUGGAUCUCUGCAGGUGGAGCAGGGGAACAUCCUGUACAAGGUGUUUGAGCUGACAUCCAGGGAGAAAGAGGACGAGGUGGACGGGAGGGACGACGACGCAGAGCUGAAGAAAACACUCGAGACCUACAUGAAGGACCAGCAGGAGAAAAUCGACAAGAUGCUGAAAGACUUCGAACUGGUCAAAAUCAACGUGGUGAAGGUCAUGGAGAUGUUGAACAAACCCAGCGCCACAGAUGAAGCCAUCCGAAUGAUCAAACCAGAGGAGAUUAAGUACGAAUAUCCCAAAAAGCCCUUCAUGACCACGGCAACCUCGGAGGUCUACAAAGGACAAUAUCACGGCUUCAAGGUCGCCAUCAAGAGAUACACGGACCCUGUGAACACCAGCCCCAGAACUGACACCACAACAGUCACCGACUCUUCAUGCUGCGAUUGGUUGGCUCUGCAGGUGAGGGAGGUGCGCUCUGUUUUCCAAAAGGACGUAGAGACCAUGCGACGGUUUGAGUCGCCCAACAUCCUUCGCAUGUUUGGUAUCUGCGUCCAGGACGAGGAGGGACCAGAGCCUCAGUUCCUCAUCAUCAUGGAGUACUGUGAGAAGGGGAGUCUCCGGCAGGUUCUGGACUCCUCCAGCAGACUGUCGUGGACAAGGAAAGCUAGCAUGUGUCUGGGCGCGGCACAAGGACUCUACAGACUGCAUCAGACAGAAAAAAAGUCCAAGGUUCAUGGAUGCAUCAACAGCAGCAAGUUCCUCGUGGCUGAAGGCUACAUCGUCAAGCUGGGAGGAUUUGAGCUGGCUAAAACGGAGACAUCUCUGAAAAAAGCCUCAAAGGACAAAGAGAUCCGCUCGGUGUGUUACUCGUCUCCUCAGAUGCUCGACAACAUCAACCACAUCUACAGCAAAGAGUGUGAGAUGUACAGUUUUGGGAUCGUGCUGUGGGAAAUAGCAACACGGAAAAAACCUUUUGAUGGUUGUUCGAGUAAGGACAUUUAUCAGAAAGUUUGCAAAGAGAAGUUUAUGGAGCCGCUCCCUGACGACUGUCCCGAACCACUGGCAAGUUUGAUCAAUGCCUGUCGGGCCAGCGACAGCUUCCAGAGACCGUCUGCUGGAGUGCUGGUGGAUAAACUUCGUAGUGUGGUGGCACAGUUAGAGGAGCAAUGAAACUCAACAUCAGCAGUGCUCAGGAGAAGAAAUCAAGUUCUCAUGUCUUUAAACAUGUCUGUGAUAUUCUCAAAGCUACACCAAAAAGAAGUUUACUGGCACUGAAAGCCAUAUGUUUGUGUUGAAGUUUACUGUACCUCUUCAAACCAGGCACACUGGACCUUUAAAAAUGUUUUUUACAGAUUGUGUUAAAGAGCUAAAGUAGUUUGGGUUCGUUACAACACUGUGGUUUUUGUGCAGAACGUAUGUAUGAGCCUCCUAAUAGACGGUAUUCACCACAAUGUAUGUUCUUUAUCAUCCAAAUCAGAAUAAAACAAGUUUUUGGAAACCA